CACUCACACCAGCAGGAAUUCCAUCCAGCCAACCCUUAACCAUGGAAAAACCGCACGGCUUUGAGUCAUUUUGUAAAUGAGUUAGCCAGUUCAUCGACCCUCUGUUUAAAUAGACCUGUUGGACUUUCUCCUCCUGCAGUAACUGUCCACACACCAACCUGAACAUUUGUGCUGUUCAGAGUAGAGAGCAUGCCAUCCCCAUUGAUCAUGCACCCGGCUUUCUUCUCACUCAUCCUGAUAGCCGUACGUAUGUCUGUACCGGUGGACUGCACACCGAAGCCCCGGGGCCCCGAGCAGCUUAUACAGUAUCAGCAGAGCAACUUUCACAGAGAAGCAGAGGCGGAUACAGACGGACGCUUCUACUUGGGGAGGAGUGGAUCAAUGAGGAAAAAUAUUCACAAACACUUUCUGGUUAUUUUCCCAGUGCAGACAGAUACAAGCAACUUUGUGUCAAUAUUUGAUUUGAGAAGAAAGCGGUUCCUGUGUAUGGACUCAAAGGGAGAGCUGUACAACUCUAGGCAAAAGGACAGAGAAGAUUGUCUCUUCCAGCGCAUUUGGUUAGAUCUGUCGAACCAUCUUGACGUGUUUUACUCCACAAGUGGGGGCCGGCUGUUCAAACCGCAGGCAGAUGAGCUGAGAGGCGCUCACCAGGAGCCCCCUGGACCCUCCUCUGGCUUCGUGGAGCGGCUCCUGGGUCCCCUGAGACACAGGAGGAGCGAGGUGGUGAACCCCUCUGACCCGUUAAGAUCUCAGCCCUCACACUCGGCCACGGAUCACCAGGAUGCGGAUAUCGGGCAGCCGGAACAGGACCAGUCCGGCGCUGUCUCCAAGGAGACCAUCAAUUCCUGUGACGACCCCCUGCGGGUCCUCCAGCCCAACGGGCCCGUCAGUCCUGUCAAGACUAAUAUUGCAGACCUAGCAGAAAAAGAAUAAGAUACUGAACUUGUGUUCAGUGUGUGAAAAAUCAAGAGGGGCUGCAAGUCUUUAUGCUCUGUAAAGUCCCUGUGUUUGACUGCAGGGGGGUUAGAUACCUCUAACGCUGCAGAGUCAGUAAGACACAAACAAAAGGGAUUUCAAUAUUUCACAACUUCUGAAAAAAGAUCCUUGAAUCUACAUUUUCAGAAUUUGUUUUAAUGGUACUAAAAGGCUUGGUAAUGUGCUCCUGUUAUAUAACAGCAGCGUGUACAGAUGUGCUGUUUGAACAGCAGAUGGAGAAAAAGUUUGUCAACGUUCAACAUGACCAUGCAGAGUUUGGUCCCACGUCCUGCUGACCUCUUCCCUCAGUUAAAUUUUAAACCUUGGGUCAGAUGUGGCAAUGCUUGUUUUGCAUAUGUAAAAAGGCGUGUAAUCUGUAAGUAAUUCUGAAUAUUUGUAUGUACAUGUGUUGAUACAGUAAUGCUCCAUAACAGGAGUUUAGAACUAGACCAAAAUAGAGCAAACUGAAGACAUGGAUAAUCUGUCGCUCCCAGCUGCAACGCAGUCAUGAUUACAAUGCAAUUAUGUCAGGUGCCGGACACCAAUAGUCACAGUGAUGAAAGGUAUUUAUUUAUUAAAAUUACUUCAUGUUUAGUCUACUGUUCUAUUAUUUAUAUUUUUCCCAGUUGUAUUUUUUUGUUCUGAUACGGAUAGAAUAUAAGGAAGUCCUUUUUAGUUGUUGCUUAUAUAUAAUAAAUUACAUUCAUUGUUACAUUAAAGAAAAUAAGAACUCCUUUUAUUUCAUGUAACAUUUACAUUUUCAUUGAAAUUCAUUGAAGCUAAAUACCAUUAAAAGCUUUAUCAAAGA